CAUCUGGUGCUUUGACGAACUUUCGUAUUUCGAUUACUUGACAUAUCUGGCACAUUUUUACAACAUACUCUUCAGUGACUGAUUUUGUUGUUCUGUCUUUGUGUUCAGUGGAGUACUUGUCCCCAAAUACUCUGACAAUCUCGAAAAACAAGCUACAAAAGAUGAUUAAUGGUGUUCGUACAUGUAGUAUUUCUGCCUUGCUGGUGAUUUUGUGUGACGCUAUUUUGUAAGCCGUUACGGACUGGUGAUUUUUUUACUCCUAUCUCUUCAGCACAAUUGUUACUGAUCAUGGCUGGUGAGGGCAGUAACUCACCAAUAUUGGAUUUCCUUCGUGGGAAAAAGAUAUUCUUGACUGGGGGCACUGGUUUUGUAGGUGUUGCCCUCAUAGAAAAACUCCUUCGCACAACUGAAGUCGAUACUAUUUACCUUCUGAUGAGACCGAAGAAGGGCAAGCAGAUAGCAGAAAGACUCCAGGAACUUGAAAAAAAUUCUGGAUUUGAACGCCUCGUGAAGGAGUGCCCCGAGAAGCCUUUUGCGCGGUUGAAGGCUGUGGCCGGAGACGUCUCGGAGGAAGGACUGGGUCUGCUGCCAGAGGACAGGCAGAUGCUGGCGCGGGAGGUGCAGCUGGUGUUCCACUCGGCCGCAACCCUCGACUUCGAGUCGCCUCUCAAGCCGACGGUGGCCACGAACCUGCUCGGCACUAGGCGCGUCAUCGAACUGUGCCGAGAGAUGAGCAAGCUCGAGGCUAUGGUUCAUGUUUCUAGUGCGUAUGUGAACAGUGAUAAAAAGAAAGUGGAAGAAAUUCUGUAUGAUCCCCCAGCUGAUGUUGAAAAAGUAAUAAAUAUUGCAACUACUCUUAAUGAUGAAGCAGUAGAUGCUAUGACUCCAAAGUUACUAGGGGAACUUCCUAAUGCGUAUGCACUGACAAAGAAUUUAGCAGAACAUGAAGUAUCAAAAGCAGUUCAGUAUUUCCCUGUUGCCAUAGUGCGUCCCAGUAUGAUCACUGCUGCAUGGAAAGAGCCAGUACCUGGGUGGACUAUAUCCAAGAAUGGACCAACCGGUUUCAUGAUGGGAGCUGCGAAAGGUGUGGUUAGGAGACUGCCUAUGAAGACAGAUGUAGUCUGUGAUUACAUACCAGUUGACUGUGUGGUGAAUGAGCUAAUCGCAGCGAGUUGGGAGGCAGCUACGACAAGGCCCAAUAAGGUACUGGUGUACCACUGCACAUCGAGCACACGCAAUCCUUUCCGCUGGGCAAAGAUAGAGAAUCACGUGAACACCUACCUCCACAAGUAUCCUCUCAACUCAGCUGUGUGGUACCCUCACCUGAAGUUUCUGCCCAGUUUGCUUCUCUUCCGAAUUUCGGCAAUUUUUGUGCACUUUGCACCAGCUUAUGUGCUCGAUACAGUCAUGCGUGUAGCUGGCGGUAGACCAAUCUUGGUGCGUCUGCACACAAAUGUGAGCCGCUCGCUGUCCCGGCUGGAGCCUUUCAUCUUCUCAGAGUGGUUCUUUGAUAACAAGAACACCCUGGCACUACAGAAAAAGCUUUCGGCGAAGGAUGCAGAUUUAUUCAACCUGGAUGUCGGAUCACUGCAGUGGGAGAACUACUUUAUCGACUUAGCACAAGGAGUGCGACAGUACCUGAACAAUGAAUCGCCGAAAACACUUCCUGCUGCCCGUCACAAGGACACAAUUCUGCUGGUGGCACACCUGUCCCUGCAGGCAGUGCUGUACGGCCUGCUGUGGUGGGCGGUGUCCAGUGCGCUCAACGCGUCGUUCGCCGGCACGGGCUGGGCUGUCAUCAUCGCGUACAUCUUGUUCAGUUUCUUAUAAAUAAUUUGCAUAGCAUGAGAGCUGUUGCUGUGCACUGCAGUGAUUUGUUAUUAGGAAGAGUUUAGAUCUGGAGAAUGUGGUCAGAGAGAGAGAGAGAGAGAGAGAGAGAGAGAGAGAGAGAGAGAGAGAGAGAGAGAUGGAGGGGGGGGGGGGGGUUGGGGGUUGGGGGUAGCAUGUUUGUGGCUGUUUUUAUCUUUCAGCAAUAUAGGAACAAGGUGAGGGAGGCAAUAAGAAUUUCCUAAUACAGUUUUGUUAUAUGGAUGGUAUUCAGAACAAUGUUAAUGCUUUUUAUUUGUUAUAUAUCAUUCCGUUUCCUUUAACAGAUGCAGAUAAUAAACAUUUCUGUAACUACA